GUUCUCAGAUCAGAAGAAUCAGCCAUAUUAUUAAUACAAAGUGUGCAGAUAGAAAACUCCAUCAUAUGGAAAUGGUUAGCCUAUAUGGAGCUUCACACAAUGAAUGACUUGGCCCUGGAAGCAUUGAAAGAUGCUGGUUUGGUCAAAUCAAUUGGGGUGUCCAAUUUUAAUCGCAGGCAAUUGGAGCUGAUCCUGAACAAACCCAGUCUGAAGUACAAGCCAGCAGUAAACCAGAUCGAAUGUCACCCAUAUUUUACCCAGCCCAAGUUCAAGGAGUUUUGUGACUCCCAUGGCAUUGUCAUCGUGGGCUACAGCCCUCUAGGAACCUGUCGGGAUUCGCUCUGGGUGAACGUCAAGAUUCCCUCUCUGCUGGAUGACCCUGUGUUAAACUCUGUGGCAGCAAAAUACAAGAAAACCAGCGCCCAGGUAGCCCUGCGUUUCCAGCUUCAGCGAAACAUUGUCAUCAUUCCAAAAAGUUUUAACCCAGAGCAUAUCAACCAAAACUUUGAGAUUUUUGACUUUUCUUUGACAAGUGAAGAAAUGAAAAUGAUUAGCGCUCUCAACAGGAAUGAACGAUAUGUGGAACUUUUGAUGUGGAAGGAUCACCCAGAAUACCCAUUCAACGAUGAAUACUGAGCUCCAAAGUUUGUUGUCAGAGGUGUCUAGGAGCAAGAGUAGGAGUAAUGCCGGAUUCCAGGAUGAAAAGGGAUAAAACCACAUUGGAGCCAAAGUUCCAAACAAAGUACAAGUCAAAGUACAACAGAGAAAAGUAAUUGAAAAUAAAAACAAGUCUGAAUGAA